UGGAAACCACGGCGUGAAAACCGUGAGCUACUUUUGGUUAAUCUUCCAGAAUAGGUUUUAUCCAGUAAAAUGUCAAAUAUUCACCUAGAAGGUCAGACUUCAAAAAAGUAUGACAUUCCCCUUUCUCAUCUGGAUUAUGCUUAUAUUGAAAAAUGCACUGAUGUGAAGGAGUUGGAAAAGAUUAUCAGGAUACUAAGAUCAGGAGAUGAAGGAAAGUAUCCAGAACUUGAAAAAUGUGCUGAAAAACGACUGCUCACACUUAAUCCUAAAAGCCGUGUUUUGAGACAGGAAGGUCCAAUCUUACGACCAGGGGACCUCAGCAGUGGAGAUUGGAAACAAAUUGAGGAUGACUUAAAGAAUUGGACCAACAGCAUGAGUGACAAAGAUCUAAAGAAAACAGUAAAGACUGCUAAAGACAAUGAAAAAGAUAUUGAAGUGGAUGAAAACCUUCCUCCUGUUCGCUCAAAUAAUGUCAUUCUUGAAGGGAAGAAACAAAAAAAAAUCUCUGAAGAUAAAACAAAAAAGAAAGUUUUACCAAGGGAUCCCAAAGAAUGGGACAAGUUUGAUAUUGAAGCUGAACUUAAAAAAGUGGAUUCCGAAGAGGUCAAAGACAAGACACCAGGCAAGCCUAAAAUGAAUGGAGUUUCACCUGAAAUUGAUACUACAGGAUUGAGUGAAGAAGAAAAACAGAUCAAAGCCAAUAGAGAAAAAGACAAAGGAAAUGAGGCGUUUGGUUCUAAAGACUUUGAAGAAUCAGUGACAUAUUAUUCUCGCAGUAUCUCACUCAUGCCAACUGCUGCUUCUUACAACAACAGAGCAUUGGCGUAUUUAAAGCUAGAAAAAUGGGACCAGGCUAUAAAUGACUGCAACAGUGUUCUAAAUUUAGAAGCCAACAAUAUUAAAGCAUUAUUAAGAAGAGGAACAGCUUUUAAAAGCAAAAAGAAUUACCCAAAAGCAUUGGUUGAUUUUGAAAAAGUGCUGGCUGUUGAGCCAAAUAAUAAGAAAGCUCAGGAUCUGCUAGAAGAAGUAAAUGUGGAAAAACUUAAACUGGAAAAAGAAAAGAAAGAGAAAGGAAGGCGAAUGGUUAUAGAAGAGGUGGAGGACGGUGAAGAUGAAUGUGAAGAAGUGGAGAUAGAGAAACCUGUUGUAAAUGGCCUUGGGCCUGACAAGACAGAUCAUAAACAAGCAACAUCCACUGAGGGAGCACAAAUGACUAAGGAAACAACAGCUAUGUGUGAACAACCAGAUGACCAGGUUACACAGUCCACUUGUGUAGUGCCAGAGCCCAUCCCCUCCCAUGAUUCUUUAAAAGACAAUUGUAAAGACCAUACAACCACAGGUCCAGCUCCUUCUAAGAUGCCUUCUACCUCUGCCUUAGAUUCUUCACUAUCUGAACAAAGCUUACAAAACUCACCAAAAGUGUCUUUCACUCUAGAAGAUGAUGCAGCUGACCAAGAAACAACUGCUGCCUCACCCCCUGUGAUCUCACCCGCAGCAAACCAGCAAUACUCACGUCCAGAGUUUAUACAGCUCCCACUGUCUUCUGAAAUUCUUGAAUCAAAAGAAAACGGAAAUUCAUUUUUUAGAAGUGGCCAAUAUGGAGAUGCAGUGGAUCAGUAUUCAAAUGCCAUUUCAAAGCUUAAAAAAGAUCCAGAACAAAUUGUCAACCUGUCAGUUCUAUUGAGUAACCGUGCUGCAUGCCACUUGAAGACAGGAAAUUGUAGUCUAGCAAUAACUGACUGCAGUGAAGCACUACAGUUGGUGCCUCAUGGGACCAAAACACUGUUACGUCGAGCUAUGGCUUAUGAAAAUAUGGAAAAAUAUGCUGAAGCUUAUGUUGAUUACAAGCAUGUUUUGAGUAUUGACAAAUCAACUGAGCUGGCUCAUCAAGGUGCAUCCAGAUGUCAAGGGAUGCUACAGCAGCAGAAUGGCUCAAGUUGGCGCAAGAAUUUACCUCCUCUUGUCUUUGUUCAGCCCUGGGAGGUACCUGUCAUACUGGACCAAGCUGGACUUCAUACAUCGUUAUCGUCAUCUUCAUCUCUAGUGGAUAAGGAAACAACCAAAGUCAGUCCAUUGCACCAAGUUAGUGAAGCAACAGCCCAGAAUUUAGCUACAAGUACUUCUGAAACAAAAGAGAAAGUAAAGGAUUUUCCAACUCCAGAAGUUAAAGAGGCAGCAAAUAAUUGUACCAAAGAACCAAUUAAAUUUACCAAAGAAGAAGAAUUUGAGAGAUUAAAAACACAAGGAAACCUUCAUGUACAAAAGGGGGAACAUCUGGAUGCUGUCAACUGCUACAGCCAAUGUAUAGGUCUGUGCCCUGAUCAAAUAGCCAGUUAUACAAACAGAGCUUUGUGCUACCUCAAACUAAAUAUGGCUACAGAGGCUUCCAACGACUGUGAUAAAGCUUUAAGCAUGCAAGCUGAUAAUCCUAAGGCUUUGUACAGAAGAGCCCUUGCUCGAAAAAUGCUGCUUCAAUAUAAAGCCAGCCUUCAAGAUCUUGUUGAACUGCUUAAGCUGGAGCCUAAGAAUUCAGCUGCCCAGAAAGAAAUGGACACUGUCAAGAUGGCUUAUAAAGAAGAGCUUGAAAAGUUGAAAGCUAAAAAAGUGGAAAAAGAAACCAAGACUAGGAAAAGAAUGAAAAUUGAAGAGAUAGAAGAUGAUGAAGAAGAGGAAAAACCACCCAGAGCAAAAGCAACAGAAAAAUCCAAGUCUCAGAACAAAUCAAGGAAUGUUAAAACAAGCCAGACAACAUCAGGCAGCAAAGCCAAAACAAACUCAGAGAAACAAAAGAUGAAUGAGCCAUCAAAUAAAGUAACUCCGCCCAUUGCCCCAAGGCUGAUGAAAACCACACCAUAUGAAUUCUGUCAGGCUUGGAACUCCCUGAAAUCUUGUCAAGGCAUUCAGCCGUAUGCUGAGAUUUUACGCCAAGUAGCACCUGUUGAUUUGCCAACAGUGAUCAGUAACAAACUUGAUGGGCAGAUGCUGCAGAUCAUUGUUAGGUGUGUUUAUGAAGAGAUGGUGUUAAAAGGUGAAAUUGAUACUGGAUUUGAAAUCUUGGAUAAUCUAUGCAAAGUUCCUAGAUUUUCAACUGUAUCCAUGUUCAUGAAUAGUAAAGAGAAAAAGGAGGUAUCAGCUGUGUUAGAAAUUUUGUCCAAAACCACUUCCAAUGUCUACACCAGUGCUGAUGUUGUCAGGCUAAAGAAAGAAUAUUCAGUCAAAUAAAGGUGGCAAGAUAUAUGCAUCAUUGUAUCUGUUCAAUUUUUAAGGAAGUUUCCCUGUCCAGUUAUGGUUUUUUACCCUGUCAUUGUUUGUUCACUGCAGAAAAACUAUUUUAAAAUAUUUUUAUAGCAUUGAUUGUUUUUUACUUUAUAUUCUUCAUCUUUAAACUUGGCAGAUAAUGAAGUAAUAAUUGCUGCUUUUUCCUUUUCUACAAUUGUUUUUGUAUUUCAGCUAUUUUAUAUUGCUUUUAUUUUAAAUACUUUUUGGAAAUAUUUAAUAUAAAACAGGUUAUGAGUGAAAUAUUGCUUCAGUAUUAUCUUGAAAAAUCUUUGUGAUUAUUUCAAAUCUGGCAUUUUAAAAGGUGAAUUUAAAAAAAAACGUUAUAAUUUGUUUUCAUUUAUUGAGUUUGAUCUUGUAAGCUGCUUAUUAAUAUAGUUUUACAUUAACUCAGACUUCAUCAUUACAUUUAAAUAUUUUUUUUUAUUAGAAAUGAAUUUUUAAAUGAGAUCAAAUUCAAAGUAGUUUGUACAUCUCAGGAGUGAUAAGUAUGAAGAAUUUCAGAAUCUCUAAAUGUCUGUGUUAUCUCCCUUGUCAUAUAGCCCCAUGUCUGCUUGCUUUAUGCUAGUGAAGUUAUGUAAAGAUUUCUCCAUUUCACAAGUCAUGGAUAUUUAGAAACUAGUAUGGUAGCUUUAUUGCUUGGCAGAUGAAAUGAUUAUGCUCUGACAAUUUACUGGGAAUGGAAUGUUUUGUUAUUCAGGUCUUAGCUGAAAUAGCAAAUUACAUUUUUUCCAUUGUUUGCCAAUUAUUUUGUUAAGUAUAAUUAAACAAGUAUUUCUAAAUUCAAACUAAUGGUAUUUCGUUACUGGUAAGUAAAAGCAGGUUUUAGUCACCAUAGGUAGUUUCUGUCAACUUUUUGAUGUUAUUGGCUUCUCUAAAAAUAUAGACAGUUGUCUUUUUCUCUGAUUUGAGUCUCAUGUCUAAUUUAGCAAGAUUUGUGUCUUAACACAGUGAAUGUUUGUCAUCAGACCACAUGGUCAGACAGUAGUGCACAUGACAGUAACUUGAGAGACUCUAGUUCAGAUCAUGGAAACCCAGCCAGAAACAGAAUGUUUGAUGCUAGUUAGUCUUUUCACAGAUUGUUUGUUGUAAGUUUGUCACCUGUGAACCUGGUCCUUGACUGUCAUGUCCUGCUAGGUUUGACCAUUAGCUGGUCAUGUCCUGCUAGGUUUGACCACUCGACCUAUGUGCGCGCCAGGCUUAAGGGAGCACUUUCAGAUAUCAAAUUGAUAUCCGGUUUCCUUUCCUUCUAGCCCUGUAGCUAGUUUUUCAUGUAAAUGUUUUCACUGCCCCUAUCUCCACAAUAUUUGGCCUUGUAUAUAAAGAGGUUCAUAUAUUAUAUAGGUUUUUUAUUACGUGUUCAAUCAUGCAUGAUGUUUUUAAUUGGUCUUACUAGCAUUUGAAAGGUAAAAAUAAAA